CGUUUCCGGGGCGUCACGUCCGGGUGCGGCGGGCGCCGAAGUCCGGCGGACGCUGGAGGCCUCGGGUCCUGACUUCCUGCGUCCGUCCUUCCAUCCAACUGCUGCUUCCCUGUUCCUAGCGGGAGGGAUAUGAAUGUCUCUGAGCCUCCGCCCCGCGACGGGGUCCUGGCAGGGCCAGGCGAGGACUUGGGGACCGGGGAGUCGGCGCCGGGUUUAAGUGACUCUUCUCCAGAUGAAGGGCUCGUUGAGGAUGGGCCAGUAGAAGACAAAGCUGUGGAGCAACUGGUGGAAGGAUUGCUUUCUCACUAUCUGCCAGAUCUGCAGAGAUCCAAGCAAGCCCUCCAGGAACUCACACAGAACCAAGUUAUAUUACUAGAUACACUGGAACAAGAGAUUUCAAAAUUUAAGGAAUGUCAUUCUAUGUUGGAUAUUAAUGCAUUGUUUACUGAAGCUAAGCAUUAUCAUGCGAAGCUGGUGAAUAUAAGAAAAGAGAUGCUGAUGCUUCAUGAAAAGACUUCAAAACUGAAAAAAAGAGCACUUAAGCUGCAGCAGAAGAGACAAAAAGAAGAGUUGGAAAGGGAGCAACAACGAGAGAAAGAAUUUGAAAGAGAAAAGCAGUUAACUGCCAAACCAGCUAAAAGGACAUGAAUAAAGGUUCAGUGUGUCAGGGCAUGUUUCUGUCCCAGAUCCUCUGGGUCCAAGAUGACCUAAAUGUAGACUGAAGUUAAUAUAUAGUGCCUUAUACAUUAAUCCUGUUGUGAAAUUCCUUUCCCAGAGUACCGUGUCUCCAUAUUUUCAUUUUAACCUUUAAAGAAACUCCUUUUUCCUCUGUAAAAGACACAGUGUCCCAUAUUUAUGUUUUUUCAGCUUAGUUGACGAUGCUGUGUGGCUCACACUUGAAUGUGGAAUGUGGUUAAAUUAGCACAGAUUGCAGUGCUGGUAUCACUGUAUUAAUUUAAAACUUCAUUAAUUUUGCCUUGAGUUGUUUAUAAAUUGGAAAGUGAUUUAAUAGCCUAUCCCCUAAAAUGGUUAAAAAUUUGUAUGAAAAUAUUGACCUCUUCAUAUGGAUUUAAAAGUCACAAUAUCUUCCUUUAUGAAAUGAUUUUCCUUUUCUGACAAUGCAUUACUGAAUUUUGCCUAUUUGUUUUUGAUUGGUUUGUUAAGACGAAAUGCUAAGUCUUAAAUCACAUAUGCUCCUGGAAAAGAGAUGGUGUAGGCCUUCCUGAAAAGCAUGGUAGGCGAGUGUCCGGAAAGUAAUAGCAUCUUAGACAUAGAAUAGGUGAGCUAGAUAGAACCCUGACCCUAUACAUUGUCUGCUACCUAAUCACAGUUGUUUAUUUAGUUCUUAUGUAGAUUAUGUGGAUUCAAAGGAAAUUAUAUCCAUUUCUAAAAUUUGGUGGAGCUGUCACACACUCAAAUAUGUGUAAAUAUUUGUGAUAAUUGGUAAUAUAUUGAGAUGCACUUGUUAAAGUUGAUAAGAUAAUGAGCUCAGUAAUCCAAGUGGAAGAUCUAAUAUAUAUAUAUACAUAUAUAUACAUAUAAUUUGAUUAUUCUCUUAUUUGCUGUGUGGUUUUAUAUGCGACUUAUUUUUUUUGUGCCUUUAAGAAAUUCCUAAUGUACUCCAACAACUCGUUUUAUGGGUAAUACAGGAAUGGUGGAAAAUUAGUAAAUACCUUCUUUGUAAAAAAGGCAGCAUGAUACCUUUUAUGUUUUUUUCUUUUUCUGUAGAAACUUAUUGUAUGCAGGAAAUAUGACAUUCCAUAGUUUAAAAUUGAGUAUAUUAUUUACUGUUUUAAGUAUUUUCUAUCCAGCUGUUCUCCAAUCUCUGUUAUAUAGAGAUUGUAUAGAACCUGUAAAACUGUAUGUUAGAAUGUAUAUAUUUUAUAAUCUGAAUUACACAUUUGGUAAGCUGGAAUUACUACCUCUAAUCACAUAUCUUAAUGAGGAAGGGGCAUUAGAUUCAAGUUGAGUGCUAAGAUCUGAUGUAUUUAAGGUAUAAAUAAUUUGUUUGAAAACCUUUCCCUUUAAUGAAUGAAGAUUUUCACAAUUCACUUGACUUCAUAAAGAAUAUAAAUUUAUUUUUAUUGGAAAGGCAAAAUGUUAGACACUAUUGCAUAGGACAGAAUCAGUUGGGGUUUGUAGGACAAAUGAUGUCACCUAAAAUAGUGAAUGUAACUCAUUUAAUCACACAAGAAUUUACAUUGUUUCAGAGAGUGGUUCCUAGACCAACUGCAAUGAAUAUUUAAAAUGCUAGUUUCUUGUGGCUGGAGAGAUAGUAUGGAGCUAAGCUAAGUCAUUUGCCUUGCAUGUGACUGACCCUGGUUAUAUCCCCAGCAUCACAUAUCUCUGCCUCCCCCCAAGAAUCCCUGUGUGCUGCCUGGCUGCAACCCCCCAUCCUCCCGACAAGAUAUUAAAAAAAGAAUAAAAUUCUGGAUUAGAGGUACCACUCUCAAAGUAUGAAACACUUAUUUCUCCUUUAAAAGAAAUUUCUUCAAUUGAUUCUUGUGUAAUGUAACAGUUAGAAACUACUAGUCAAACUGCUUAUGUCAGAGAUUCCCACAGCGGACUUUGUUUUACCAUCACCUGGGAACUUAAAAUAAUAUUUUAGGGUAUUCUUUAUUUUUGGCUGGAGCGCAGUUAUGCUCAGGGCUGACUCCUGGCUCUGCACUCAGGAAUUACUCCUGGCAGUAUUGGGGGACCAUAUGGAAUGCCUGAGAUCAAACCCACAUUAGCUGUGUGCAACACCUUGCACACAGCUUACCUGCUAUACUAUCUCGCUGGUCCCCAUUUUUGGAUAUUUUUAUUCAUUAGUUCUGGUUAGGGAGGACCAUGUAAAUUUUAAAGAGCUUCCCAGAUCAUUCUGAUGCCAGAAGUCUAGUUAUUUAUAAGGAUGGAGAAUAAUUUUAGUUAUUUAGUAAAACUUGUUGGGUUAAUCUUUGAAAUUCUAAACUGCAUUAGUUUAAAGUCAGAUUUAAGAUUGAAAAUAGAUAGCUGGCAGGAAAUAGAUAAAAGUCUUUUGGUUAACUGAACUUCAGUAUUCUCUAUUGCAAUCAUGUUUAUUGAGUGAAUUGCAAGGUACGUAUUUAGGGUUCUAUUCUUUAAAAUUUUGAAGACUUUAAUAUGGUAGUCACAUGUAUUAAAAUUUACUCUUUUUAGGUCAACCAUUAAUCAGAAGUACCAUCACUUUUGUAAUUAAAAUUUGAAACUAUAGCUGUAUUUCAGAAGCAUCAAGACAUAUCUUACUGACUAAACUUAAAUUAGUUUUGUAUUUUUGUGUAAAAUGAUGAAUUGGUACUCUGGGUUUUUUUUUUUUUUGAAGGGGGUUGAAAAAUGUUCUCUACUUUUGAAACCUAUCAUAUCUGCACUAAACUAAAGUGAUAGGAGUUUGUAUUUACUUAGCAAUAGGAACUCGUAAAUGUGCAGAUGUUGAAUGUAAUAUGGAUUGUGUCUACAGCAGGAUUUUGGGUGAAUAUGGUGUAUAACUAUGCCAAGUUUACAUUUUCCAAGAUUUUAAGUGUAUUAGAUGAGGACUACUUUCAACAGUUGAAAAAACAUAAUAAAAAAGGUUACUGAA